AUGGAUUGGAGAUUACCGAACGGGAGAAGAAUUUGUGGCUUUUACCUACUAACAGAGGAAACGUCUAAUGAUUACCCUGGUUCAGAAGAAGAAUUCCAAAAUUUAGUAAGGUCUGCUAUAAAAGCUCUCCAUUCAAAUAAUGUCCAUCUUGGAGGUUCGGAAAGCAUUAGUUAUGACGCCAUUGACAAACAAGUUAUAUUUUCUGAUUUUCAAAAUUCAAGACGAAAAAAUGGGUGCUUGCUUUGGGAUAAUCAAUUAUAUAUUCCUUCUGGAAUUAUUGAAAAUUCAAGAAAGCAUCAAAUUGUCCUCUUAAAGGAUGCAGUUCACGAAUCUUUUAAAAACAAGCGUUUAUAG